AUUAAAAUGAAAGGAUUUCACAUCACGUUUUAUAUCUGCCACAAUAUUAAGUUCUGUGACCUCAGGUAAAAGCAUACCCGCAAUAGUUGAAUUCUACCUUUGUCACCUUUGUCACCUCCGCGUGCUAUGUUUCUUACUAGGACAGAGUAUGAUCGUGGAGUUAAUACGUUUUCCCCUGAGGGACGACUCUUCCAAGUAGAAUACGCCAUAGAAGCUACAAAGCUGGGUUCAACUGGAAUCGGAAUCAAGACAAGUGAGGGUGUUGUUAUGGCUGUAGAAAAACGGGUGAACUCGACUUUGAUUAUACCCUCCAGUAUUGAAAAGAUUUUUGAGGUAGAUAAGCACAUAGCAUGCGCUGUUAGUGGCCUUGUUGCUGAUGCAAGAACCCUCAUAGAACGUGCACGUACAGAAGCAGCUCAUCAUUGGUUCGUAUACAAUGAAAAAAUGACUAUUGAGGAUGUGACUAAAGCUGUGAGUAACUUGGCUCUAGCAUUUGGUGAUGAUGAUAUGGAGUCUGGUGCAAUGAGUCGUCCAUUUGGUGUUGCUUUAUUAUUUGCUGGAGUUGAUGAACGUGGUCCACAAUUGUAUCAUAUGGAUCCAAGUGGAACUUAUAUUCGAUAUGAGGCUAAAGCAAUUGGUUCCGGUUCUGAAGGUGCACAACAAGCGUUACAAGAAAUAUAUCAUAAGAAUAUGACAUUACAUGAGGGAUGUAAACAUGCUUUAUCAAUUUUAAAACAAGUUAUGGAAGAAAAACUGGAUUCAACCAAUGUUGAAAUGGCAACUGUUAGUAUCAAAGAUAAUUAUCAUUUAUUCAAUAAAGAUGAAGUUCAAAGAAUCAUUGAAGAAAUUAAUCAACCAUCAUCAUGAUCAUCUUAAUCCAUAUUGAACUACAUCCAUUAUGGUAUUAUAUAUACAUAUACAUAUACAUAUUUUCAUGAAAUAAUCCUGUUUUCUUUCUUUCUCUUAUUCGUUUGUUUAAUAGUAAAUUCUGAAUGAGAAUGAUGUGUAUUGUUUCUAAUUCGUUUGGUUUAUUUGUAUGUUUAUGUAAAUUGAAUAUAAAGUUUAAUGUAGUCAUUGAAUUGUGAUGAUAUACAUGUAUGUAACAAGUUGUUGUUGUUGUCGUUGAACGUAAUGUCAUCAGCUGUUUUUGUUCUUGUUCAAUGUUGAAUAAACUUUAUUGAUGUAAACUUAAAGUAAAGAUGGAUUGUGGUUAGUAGUGGAAUCCAAAACAUGCAUUUUGUUCUGUUUGGGAUUUGUCACCUAAAAAUACCCUGUUACGACUAAGGGUGUGGAGAGUUGGUUUUCCCUCACGAAAUGCUCUCACACAUGACCACGCGUAUACAACCACUGACAAGGAAGUCCUACUCAC